AUGCCGGUGCUGUUGGGGAUUCCGCACCAGGCUGAGGAGGACCAAGGGCUGAGAUUUUGCAGCUGGUUUUCUUAUCUCUUUAAUGGGAGUUGUGAGUCCCUGGAUGCCGUGGGUCUGGGUGACAUGACAGUAUUUCAUCCCAGCCGUGUCCCAUUCUUUGCUCAUUGUGUUACGGAUGCACAUUUGGACAUUUGGAUCUUCAGCACGGCUUUACAACAAGGCUACGACCCUAACAGGCGACGGUACACUUUCAAGGUCAACUCAUGGGACUGCUCAGAUUCUUCUGUAGAAGUGGUUGGUGUCUCAGGAAAGCAAGUCUGGCUGCGGCCUUCCAACAUACAGACAAAAGAUGUUUCUGUUCAAUGGAAGAAGACACAACAGGGCUCACAUGCAAAAACUUAUGAGAUCCUGAAUUGGUGUACUUCUGAUCUCCAAAGCCCAACUGUGGCUUUUAAUGAAACCUAUGGUUUUGAUUCUGACAAUUUUGCUCUUAGUAUCAAGUCAGCUAAGCUGCAAGACAGUGGUCACUACCAGCUGGAGAUCACCAACAAUAGAGGAAUAGUUUGCACUAAGAAAUUCCAGACUCUUAUAUUUGAUCAUGUUGAGACACCCAACCUGAAGGUCCAGUGGAAGUCCUGGGCUAAUGGGACUUGUCAACUGUCUUUGUCUUGCUCGGUGCCCAAGGAUGACAAUGUGAGCUAUGCUUUGUACAGAGGGAGCACGCUGAUCUCCAAUCAAAGGAAUGGGACCCACUGGGAGAUCCAGACUGACCCCAGCAGCCUACACACAUACACCUGCAAUGUUAGCAACAAAGCCAGCUGGGCAAACCACACCCGGACCUUCAGCAGCAGUUGUGAGGGUAUCUCUCCCAAAUUCAGAUUUCUACACUUGAUGGUGACCAUCAGUAUUCUAGUUACACUAUUUCUUGGAGCAGUCAUUUGCUUCUAUGUGUGGAAUAAGAAGAGAAAGCAGUCACAGUCCAGCCCUAAGGAACUUUUGACAAUAUAUGAAUGUGUCAAGGACUCACAAGUCAGCAGGGAUCAGCAAGGACAUUCUAGGGCCUCUGGAUCUUCCUCAGCUGUCCAGGAAGAUAAGAGGGGACAAAAAGAAUCGGACAGGCGUCUUUUCGAGGUGCUGGAGCAGAUGUCAGAGCAGAAAUUCCCUGGAGAUAGAGGCGCCAUGUACUCUAUGGUCCAGUGCAAGCCUUCUGAUUCCACAUCACAAGAAAAACACACAAUAUAUUCAGUAGUCCAUCCUUCCAAGAAGUCUGGAUCCAAGAAGAGGAACCAGAACCCUUCCUUAAAUUGCACUGUGUAUGAAGAGGUUGGCAAGCAAUGGCUGAAAGCUCACAACCCUGCCAGGCUGAGCCGCAGGGAGCUGGAGAACUUCGAUGUUUAUUGA